UGUGUGUGUGUGUGUGUGUGUCCUGUUUGUAUGAUUCCAGGUUUGUUAAUCAGAUGCAACAUAUUUCAAAUGCUGUUGUAUUUCAGCUUAAAGGCUGAGGGCAAACCCCCACCUCACUGAACACCCACACUUAACACUUCUUAUCUCCAUCUCUGUCCCUUCGAAACUCACAGUGUAUCUGUUUACAAAAUUUGACAUGCAAAACAGUAUAGAGGAAAUUUGCUGCCAAUAGGCUCUUAUCAGUUUACUAUAUCUCUCAGUUUCUGUCUCACCUCUAAAGGUGCCAUGAUGGUAAUGAUGAUGAUACAUGCUGUGUGCAACGGUAUAAAAAUGAUGGUCAGUGGGUAGCUGCAGCAUACAUUCAUCAGGAUUACCACGACUGGACUUCUGCUCUUGAUUUGUUAAUAUCGUCACUUCAGUGUGACUUCAUCCAAAUGAAGACUUUGUCACUGUGGAUAUAUGCGCUUCUGUUCACCAGCCUCACAGAAGCACAUGGACUCAGUUACUUUCCAGAAAAUUUUGUGGUGGCAAAAGGGAGUGAUGCCAAUCCAGUCACACUGACCUGCGGUACAAAGACCAAUGGGACUGUCACAUGGAAGUUUGAUGGGGAACUGAUGGAGGCUGUCGAUUUCGAGGACAAAGUUCAGCAGAACGGUCAAAAUCUGACCGUGUCAGAAGUAGAAACACCCAUGUUGGGAGAAUACAGCUGCUGGAGAGGAGAAGAGAUGUUAUCAUCAACCUAUCUGCUGCUGGAGGCUGAGGAGGAAGAGGAGUUAGAUUGGCCCUUCAGUUGUCGGGCUAAGUCUUAUGACUGUAACUUCACCUGUGAUUGGACCCUCGGCAGAUACACAGCAGUGCACCUUGGACUGGGCCAUGAGUGCCGUGAAGGUGGGAAGUUGUGUCACUGGGUCAACAGCAGUACUCGGCUCCUGGAUGGGGGAUUCCAGUUUGAGCUGUCCCACUCCCUCUCACCCUACGCUGAGGAAACCACCAUGCUUGAAGUCACUGCUGAGGCCAUCAUUAACCUCUCCAUCCUCAGGAGAACCAAGAGAUUUUAUCUCAGAGACAUCGUUCAACCCGAUAGUCCCCAGAUUGUCAAGUGUCAGGAGGUGGAGCAGGACCUGAACGUGACCAUUGAUCCACCGACCAGCUGGUCAACUCCUCACAGCUUCUUCAGUCUGGAGCACGAGAUUGAAUACGUGUUUAAAGAUGAUGGCACGACUGGACGUUCUUCAUCUGCUCGGAUACCGAAGAGGAUCAGCAAGCUGAGGGUUCGCUCCAGAGACUCGCUGGUGUUCUCAGCCUGGAGCCAGUGGACUCCCUGGAAAAAUGUGAGAAUUGGGAAAAAGAACCCAUGUAAAUGCAAAAAAACAGCAAAAUCUUGCCGUCCAGAGUUGCCAUCUGGGUCCUUGGACCACUGCAAGAAGAAGGGGAAGAAAAAAAGGAACAAAGAUCCUAACCGGAGCCAAACAUCUUAAAAAAAAGAUUUUCGGUAAAAACAUGCAUUGCAACUGGGAUCAUGCUGGUGUACAAAAGCCUUUUAUUUGGGAAUAGUGGAAAAAUAUUUGGAUGACUAUAUAUGAAGUAAUUAAAUUGUACCUUUUAUUGAAUUUGUCAAGUGCUUGAACAAAGAUGCAACACUGGGGAUGGUAAGGAUUUUAAACUGAAUUUGCUCUGAAUUGAAGAAAGCAUUGUGUGCGAAAACUAAUGCAGUGUAAUGCAACAGCCGUGUAAUAAAUCUAUACUUUCGUGAAGGUUAUAAUGUUAAUUUUUUGUUUGUCUGCAUUCCGUUAUUUGUAUGUGUGGAUUCAUGGUAACUGUUGUGGUCACUAUUUUCUUAGCAGCUGGAAAACGUAAAUGUAGUGGGAAUUUUAUCGCUAAACAGAGGAACGAUUGUAGUUUAGGUUUUUUUUCAUAUUGCAUUUCAUUUGUAUGGAAAUC